CUAUCGUACAAUUUCGGCAGAAAAUAAUUUCCACCCAAGUUGGGUGCUGUGUGGUGCCGAAUUAUUGGGCAGAAUGGCUGGAAAGUGGGUGUGUUUUGCACUUUUGAAACUGUGUCUUCCUGUGUAGAUGUGUAGAAGAGCGUAAAAGGUACGAAUAUCUCGCCCGACUUUCCUGGAUGAUGGAGCUACAGAAUCAACUGUAUCUGAUGAUAGCGGUGUUUGGGGGUAUGAUCGCUCUGCUGUUGGUGCUUACGGUUAUGCUCGCUGUGUACGUGAAGAAAACGCGAACACUUUUGGAGGAUUACCGGAUGGGUCAAUCCGCAGAUGCGUCAUAUCCGAGCGGAAUGAUCGAUGCCGGCGAUAGGCGAGACCGAAGACGGAUGGACAACACGGCGGCAGCCCAGCAUGGUGGUUACCCGAUGGAAGUGUUUGCCCAUGGCAUGGGACACAAAACCGAUCAAACGAAAGCACGCAACGAUUACAUGAACAAUGCGAGAAACAUCCACGGCAAUCGACAUCCGCAUCAUUACGCUGGUCCGUAUCGGAAUGAUGUGGAAGCGAUGGGGGGAUACAUGGGCGGGAAACGGGGUGGUGGUGGUGGUGGUGGAGAGAAGCCACCGAAAGCCAACCAGCCCCACAAGCCACCCCGCAGCCAGGCCAGCGUGGAAGACUCGGCGCUCGAGCUGGAGGUGGCCAACAUCUUCGACAUGGACGAGCUGGAUGAGGAGGAUCUGUCCGACUUUAACAGUGGCCCGAGCGGGCACGGCGAUGCCAAGGACACGCGCUACAUGGCGAAUGGGGGAGCGGACGGGGCGACCGGCAGAUCGAAGGGCCGGCCGGGCAGCGGGCAUCACCAGUACGAUCGGGAAUUGGGCCGGAACGGAGCCCACAUCGAAGGUCGCAACAAUCGGUUCCAGAACCCUCACGCCAAGACCAAGGGCGGUGGAAAUGGGCGGGGCUUUGCCGGUGGGGACGAUGGGGCGGGCGGCAAGCAGAAUCAGGGAUACUACGACGACAGGGGCACCAUGUACUGAUAAGCGUGUGUGACAUUGUGCGUCGGCAGAUGUGGCCAGUUGUUGUUUGUAAGUGCGAUACACCAUUUUACACGUUAUAAAUAUGUGCAGUUCGCUUUUGUUA